UCUGAGCUCUCUAAGCAAGAUUAAUUUGAGAAAAAUGAAAGCAAUUUCAACCAAGGAGUUUAUUCUAUUUGCUUUAGCUACAGUAGUCUUUCUAACAUCACAUAGUAUGUGCCUAGAUGAACCGAUGAAGUCCAGCCUGCAGAGCAGAGAAGACGAUGAUGAUAAAUAUUACGAGAUUAAAGAUAAUAUCUUGGAAGAAAAGCAGAGGAGUCUCAAUUUUGAAGACAUGAGCGACUGGGGAUCAAAAAAUAUCAUUAAAAUGAACCCUCCUACAGUAAACAAGAUGCCAAAUUCAGUUGCUAAUUUACCUCUUCGGUUUGGAAGAAAUUAUCCAGAAGAAAGAAGCAUUAAACCAAUUGCUAAUUUGCCUCUGAGAUUUGGGAGAGCUUUUGCAGAGAACGUACCUAGGCGUGCUCCAAAGGUAUCAUACAGGCUUGGGAGAUCUCCACUUGUUAAAAAUUCCAGACAGUCACUUCUAAAUUUGCCACAAAGAUUUGGGAAGUCUCUGUCUCAAGAUGUUCAGGAAUCUGACCCAGGGAUAUGAAGUCUAACAGUUAUGUUAAUACUGAAAUGAAAUCAUGAAGACAGAAACUGAAAGACUUGGAAAAGCUGCAAUGUGUUUUCAAAACUAAAGGUCAUGAAAAGGAAACAUGAGAACUGAAAUGCAAACCGGUCUUCAUAUUAUGAAUAAUGUAUUUAUUCUGCAGAAACCUUUGAUGUAUAAGGCAAUCAUAAUUGUAGUGAUCGUUGCAGUAGUUUACUUCAGUGGCAGUGUAGCAUAAAUUCUAUUUACUUCUCUGUGACAUGUCCUGUUGGUUGUAAAACCUAACUUCAGAACAAUAGCUGUAUAAUUGAAAAUAUUUUAAGAAUAAUUAAAAGAAGCAUAGUAUGAAUAAAGAAGCAUAGUAAAAACAAAAA